UUUAUAAAGCCGCCCAUGUUUCUCAGCACUCAGAGAGGAAGCAGGCGUGCAGGAGUUGUGCUGAAUCCAUGUGGAUGUGAGAGGGGCAGGAAAAGAGCGCUUGUGUGAUUGAACGGAGAGUUCAGCAGAACAUGCAGUUGAGAGGGAAAGGUCAGUGCCUGCCGGCUCUACUGGGUGGAUCGGGAGGAAAAACCUUCACUGCCAGAAUUCCUGUAAUCUUCACUGACCAUCACACGGUAGAGUCGCCUCCCGUCGUGGCCUUUCGCCUUUUCCCUAAAUCAACCUGUUUCCUGCUCAAGCAUUCACACGCUAGCUCGUCUUUAGAGUUUCUGGUGGAGAGCACGCUCGGUUUGAGAGCAAUUACUUGUGGUUUGAAAACAAAUGAAGAUUUUCAGAAGAAUAUAUCAUCUCUGUAGGUCCAUAUAAUGCAAGUCACCCGGUUCCAGAACUUUGAAGCUCCAAAAAGCACAUAAAGGCAGCAUAAAAGUAACCCAUACGACUCCAGUGGUUAAACCCAAGUCUUCAGAAGUGAUAUGAGAGUGCUCCACUGUCGAUGUGCCAAAUGUUUCUCCCUGCCAGUACGGAAGCGGGUUCGAAAGCGUCCGUCUGCCUUGACGCUGCUGUCUCUUCCCGAAGAAGUGCUGCUGUAUGUUCUCCAAUGCCUCUCCGCCGAGGAUCUUCUCGCCAUCAGAGCGGUGCAUUCUCAUCUUCGCGAUAUUAUCGAUAGCAAUUCGAGUGUCUGGUCUCGAGUUAGCUUCAAGGACCGCUGGCCGGCCACUGAUACUGUUUGGCUGUUCGAAAGGGCUGCGGAAAAAGGGAACUUCGAAGCUGCUGUGAAACUAGGAAUUGCGUAUUUGUACAAUGAAGGACCUUCGCUCAGUGAGGAGGGGCGAGCUGACCUGUGCGGUCGGAUGGCGUCUCGAUACUUCAGUCUGGCUGAGAGUCUCAGGUCACCGCUGGCCGACCCCUUCAUCUGGCUGUUCAUCCGGCCGCCGUGGUCCAUGUCUGGCGGCUGCUGUAAGGCCGUGGUGUACGACCGCCUCAAAGCAGAAUGUGACACCAACCUGGGGCGGAAAGGGACAUUACUGCAUUGUCUGGCUAGAGUCCUUCAGCUGUUUGAUGAUGAAGAGAAGAGAGUUGAAGCUGUGGCCCUGCUGGAGGAGUCGGCUGACUGUGGGAACGUUCAGAGUUCGUAUCUGCUGUGGGAGCUGAACCGCGGCACGGCGGCGGCUGAUCCUGGCAGGUAUCUUCAGUGUAUGCGUACACUCCGAGAUUACGCAGCUAAAGGAUGCUGGGAAGCUCAGCUGUCAUUUGCCAAAUCCUGUGGCACGUCAAAUCCUCUGGGUCUGGAGCCACGGGCCUGUGCUGAACUCGUGGCGCAGUUCUUCCUCUCCGGCCCGAAACCAAUGCGACAGCCGCAAAAUCUGCAGGGGCAGGACAUCACCACUAAGAGGUACAUUCUAGUGGACUGGUUGGUAGAGGUGACCACCAUGAAAGACUUCUCCAGCCAAGCUCUGCAUGUAACCAUUGGAUGUGUGGACCGUUAUUUAGAGCUACGAUCGGUACCCAAAGCUCAACUGCAGCUCCUAGGCAUAGCCUGCAUGGUCAUCAGCACACGAUACAUCAGUAAAGAGAUUCUGACAAUCCGUGAGGCCGUGUGGCUCACAGACAACACCUAUCAGUAUGAAGACCUGGUGCGAAUGAUGGGGGAGGUCAUCUCUGUGCUAGACGGAAAGAUACGGACUCCUACAGUGUUGGAUUAUGGGGAAGUGCUGUUGUCUCUUUUACCCAUGGAGAGGCACAGUACUCACCUCUUCAGCUACAUCUGUGAACUCUCUCUCCUUUGCUCCCCACUGACCGUACCCGGCCCGGCCCGACUUGCCACUGCCAUCCUGCUGCUAACCAGAGCACUGCACAACUACGUUCCUGUUUGGCCGACGCAGUUGGAAGAAAACACGGGUUUCUCCAAGGCGGAUCUGGUGUCCUGUGCGUUAUCACUCUACAUUAAAUGUUUUGGUCAAGAUGUGCCCAAAGACUACAGACACGUGUCUUUAACUGGAGUCAACCAGAGGUUUGAAGACGAUGCAUACCAGCAAAUUAGCAAAGAAACUGUGAUGUGUUUUAAGGAGCUCUGUCAGGUGUUGGAGGUCCCAGAGGUGGAGCCGCAGAUGGAGGCGCCCAGAGCUAGUGGGCAGCUGACAGAAAUUCACACGUUCCUCUCAUCACCCGCCAGCAACAGCAAGAGAAGGCGAGAGGACAGCAUGCAGGUGCACAGAGGCAGCUUCCUGGCCACACCCACUGCUGAGCUGUCCACUCAAGAGGAGACACUGCUGGGAGACAUCCUGGACUGGAGCCUGGACACUUCCUGUUCGGGAUACGAGGGUGACCAAGAGAGCGAGGGAGAGAAGGACGGAGAAGUAUCGGUCAUGGAGGUGCAGUUGGAGCUGCCCGUUGAGUCUGGUGAUCUGCAGAGGCAUUGUUGCACGAUCUCAAGUGACGACGACAGUCUUUCUGAGGAAAUAAACAAUAAUAAUGAAGACUCUGUGGGUGGGAGCAGCAGCCGCAGCAGACCGUGGCAAUGCCACCUUUCCUCUUCCUCCUGCUCCUCAUGCCUCUUCUGCACGGACCGCCACAGCUCUGGUUAUUCCUCCAUUCAAAGCGUCUCCAGUCCAUCCGUUUCUACGUCGGUAGUUCCUUCUGUCUUCUCUCCUCCCGGCCUAACCCAGAAUUCUGCUUCAGGUUUUCCUCUGAAUUCCGCCUCCGGUUUCCGCCUCCUGCUGCCGCCUGGGCAGAGAACCCGCCGUCAAGUGAAAAGGAAAAACACGGCGGCGCACAGCGGAGGAGAAGCCGAACGUGGCCUGGAGAAUGAAGAGGAUGCUGCCAACGUGGCGUUCCUCAGCUUGUGAGCGUAGGCGGAGAGCAGAAUUUGACUGACAGCUGAUAAGAAAGCUGCUGUCCCUUUACGCAUCACUUCCUGCCUCCCAUCCAGGAGCACUUUCAUUCACGGGUGCUGAUACUCUUUAUCUCAGAGGGACACCAGCGAGCGUUUGCACUCCCGACUGUCAAACGUCAGUUUCUGAGCUUUAAAUAACAAGGUGUGAUGGGAAAAACAACGGCUGUGUUUUUCAUCCCGUGAUGCAUUUCACUUUCCUCCGAACGUUGCUGUUGACAAGCAACACGAUUAAGGCCUAUAAUGUGUUCAAAUCACUGGAACUGUCUCUGUUUUGAAGUCUUGUUAAUGUGCUAAAUAUUUAAUAAUUUUUAAAUACUUGGGAAGUAUUAAAAAUCCAGACUGUUUACAGCAAUCUUACAGACCAAUAUCUAUUUUAAACGUUGGUAUGUAUUUUUUUUUAAUUCAUUAAAAUAUUCACCUUGAAUAUUUUUUAUGAAGUUACAUGCAGCUAAAUGAACUCCAUUUCAAUCUAUGAAGUUUAAUGUCAUAACAUGCACUGUCCGAACAAAACUGGUUUGUUUACACGUCAUUUCAGGACACGGAUAUGUUGUUUUUAUUUUGGUCACACAUCUUGAUUAUUUAUCUCAAACUGGGUAAAAGUACUCCAGUAUUUUUGUAUUGCUCUGUUACUGUUACGUCUUUUGUUGUGCUUAUGCCAAAGUUGUUUAAAUUGUUUUGACUAGCAUAGCUAGCAUCUACCACAACAGUCCCGAAUCCAUUAUUGUAUUAGCGGUUUCGCAAACGUUUUGCCGGCAUUUUCGCGAUUUCGAUUAACGUUUGGCGAAAACGUCGACAAAAUUUGUAAAAUAACGGAUUCGGGUGUGAAAGCGUGCCGUUUCCGCAAACGUCCCGACUCUGAUACCACUGAUGUUUUGACCUGUGAAACCGAUAAAUGUACAGUAAAUCUGUAAGAAUUUUUCGUAACUAUUUUUACGACGGAACCAAUGCAACAGACGAUGACUGUGAUCGUUUGACAUGCUUUUCGUAAUGACCUCGAGAGAUAAUAAGCACUUUUUAAUCACCAAAUGCUGGAAAGCGAAAUGUUGCUUUGUCUCGAUGUUUUAUGGCGAACUUUAAUAUGCUUGAACAAUCAACCAUACGUAUAUUUGUGUUCUACAGUGUUCAUCUGGUACUAUUACCAUAUCUGUGUUUGAGGUUAUGACACUAAAAGCAUUAAGUUAUUGUUGUUUUGCAGGUCUUGUUGGUACUGUAUGUCGAACAUCACUAAGGAUUACGACUGUAAAUACUUAUUAUUCCUUGUUUGUAACUGUAAAUUAAUGUAUAAAGCUGUGAAGGCCAUGUGAACUUGAAAAAAGACAUAUGUGUUUGUGUGUUAUAUACCUAAAACCACAAUAAAGCAAUG